AUGACGUCGUCCUCAUCCGCACACCUUCCAGCCGACAACAAAGUUGUAAUUUUUGUUAAGAGGCCAGGUGAAAACAAUCCUCCGACAGUGGACUGUUUCGAUGUCAUCCCAAUUGAUUCUCCAACCGAGAAAGACAUCACCUCAGAGCAAUGCAUCGUUCGAACACUAUUCUUAUCUGUCGACCCCGCCCAAAGAUGUCGGAUGAAUCCAUCAACCGGUGUCGAUUAUUUAGGACCUUAUGAAAUUGGUGAGCCCGUCGAUGGAAUGGAAGGAGUUGGAGUCGUUGAAAGAGCUGGAUCUGGAAGUCAUCUUCACGUUGGCGAUCUUGUGACAGGAUGUAUUCGAUUGUGGACUUGGACAAAGUAUUUUGUCUGUGACAGCAGUGACCUCGUCAAAGUGAAUCUCCCUCCAUCGUUCUCUCCCUCCGUCAUCCUCUCAUGUGCUGGAAUUUCCGGUAUCACUGCGUUACUGGGUAUUCGAAAGAAGGCAUUGAUCGACAGAAGCCGGCCACAAACAAUUGUAGUGUCAGGGGCAGCAGGUAGUUGCGGGUCGUUAGCUGGACAGAUCGCCAGGAUAGAAGGGUGUUCGAAAGUUAUUGGAAUUUGUGGAUCAGAUGACAAAUGCAAAGUUUUAAAAGAGGAAUUCGGAUUUGAUAAUGCCAUCAAUUACAAAACUGAGAAAGUGUCUGACCGGCUGAGUGAAUUGGCACCAGAAGGCGUAGAUAUCUACUGGGAUAAUGUUGGAGGAACGAUUUCUGAUAAUGUUAUUCAAUCUAUGAACACUGGCGGACGUAUUGUUCUUUGUGGUCAAAUCGCCGUCUACAACACUGAUCUUCCAUAUCCCCCACCACUCCCUGAUCAAACGGUUCAAAUUCUAAAGGAGAGGAACAUUGAAAGAGAACGAUAUCUGGUGUUGACCUAUAAGGAUGAAAUGGAUGAGGCGAUCGCACAAUUAUCAGAAUGGCUACAACAAGAUAAAAUCAAGGUGAAAGAAACUAUCUACGAUGAUCUUUCCUCUGCCCCAAGUGCAUUCGUCGAUAUGAUGACUGGCAAGAACAUUGGAAAAAUGUUAAUUCGUCCAUGA